AUGGGCAUCGACGAUGUGCUUUCCCGGAUUCCAGUUAUACUCUCGUAUCCGACGGUGCUGUUGAGCAGUAAUUUGAUCGUGACCAGAAGUGGUAAGAAUGCUAGUGAAUCGGCUGGAUUUGGAUUUACAGAGCUUCUUAUAGAGCAAUUAAUUACCCCUCUACUGUGUGCUUCAGCUGUUGCCGCUUUGGGUGGUGCUUUGGGUACAAUAGAGCGGCUGAAUUCGGUUUUUGGACUAGCUUUCGUGAGUCUCUCACUAAAUUCGCUAUUGGGACAUAUUCAAACGUCUGUGCUAUCUGCUCUCUUGUUGCAAUUACUUUGUGGAGUAAAUUCUUUCGAUGGCCUAUAUGCAGUGCUUCCCAUUUUGAGCUUAUUCACUGACUACUUAAGAAGCACAUCCUACCUCAAGACAAUUGCAAGCUAUCUUGUAAUAUUAAUGACUCUCUACCUGAAAGAUGUCAAAUUUCUAGGUUUAGACAUUAUGCGUGGAAAGCAGUUAAGACCUGUUCAUUUUGCCACUUUUUCUGUGAUUCUGGUAGCUUUUUUGCACAUAGUGGUGACUGAUCACUUUGAAAUUUUACCUAACAUGGAUCAAUCGGGUCUAGAGAUACAAUAUUCAAUGAUGUUUGUUUAUUUCGGGUGUCUCGCGCUGCUAUUUGUUAGUUGGAAGGAAAUUUGGCGGGAAGCUAGUUUGACAAGUGCACGGAGAGUUUUGAGCUCCAAUUACAUCCCGCCGAUCUUGGGACUCGCAGCAAUGGUGUUGCAAUUCAUAUCGUCUAACACUUUGCCCUCUGCUCUUGCUGCAGAUACGACGCUUUUGCUGUUUAUUGUGGUCAGCGGCGUCGUGUCAUUCAAAACCUGUCAAUAUACUGGAACAGAUCAUCUCGACAAUGGCACACCCUUGUGCGAAGAACAGGAUCAUGACAGUUGUGAAAACCAUAACCAUUCUCAUAGCCAUGACCAUGCUCAUUCCCAUGGACAUAAUCAUACUCAUCAGCACAACCGCAGUAAUUCGAGCACUAAUGGGAGCUCAUCAGAUAACUCCAAGCUAUUCCUUCAACUUGCCACGAACCCAGAGACAAGGACUAUUUUUUCGUUCCUUCUACUCAACACUGCCUUCAUGUUCGUGCAAUUACUCUACUCGUUCCGCUCCAAGUCACUUGGGCUACUGUCAGAUUCCUUACACAUGGCAUUGGACUGCCUUUCACUUUUGCUCGGACUGGUUGCCGGCAUCUUGUCUAAAAGGCCAGCAAGCGACACAUUCCCUUUUGCUCUUGGCUACCUUGAAACUUUAGCGGGUUUCACUAAUGGCGUGCUGUUGAUUGGCAUCGUCUCUGGUAUUUUAGUUGAGGCCAUUGAUAGAAUUUCCAACCCCACUACUUUGCUGGAAACAACUGAGCUUCUGGUAGUAUCAUUCCUGGGACUGCUGGUGAAUCUUGUAGGGCUUUUCGCGUUCGAUCAUGGUGGACAUGGUCACGAUGGUAGCAAUGAAAAUAUGCGAGGUAUCUUUCUGCAUAUCAUGGCUGAUACACUUGGUUCCGUAGGUGUCGUCAUAUCUACCUUGUUGACCAAAUUAUUUGGUUCUCAGAUUUUCGACCCCAUAGCUUCGAUAUUCAUUGCUGUUUUGAUCCUUUUGAGCUCCAUACCUCUAAUCAAGUCUACCACAGCAAGCAUACUACUCAAGCUGAAUGACAAGCAAGCGAGUAACCUCAAAAGCGCACUGAAUCAAAUUUCCAUGACCCCGGGCAUCACUGGCUAUACCACUCCACGGUUUUGGCCCUUAACGUCAUCUGCUUCGCACGGAGGACACUCGCAUUCCCAUAGUCAUUCUCAUUCGGAAAGUAGUGAAAAGUCAGGCAGUGACCAUGGAUGCGAAAGCGAAAAUUUACAAACUCUCAUCGGCUACAUUCACGUCCAGUACGUGGAUGGGGAGAACUCCGCGAUAAUAAAGAAACGAGUGGAGAAAAUCCUCAGUGACGCGAGCAUCAAAGCUUGGGUGCAGGUAGAACCAAAAGAAUCUGUAUGCUGGUGCCGAUCUUUUGCUGUUUCUGACGCGCCCGCUCUUCCCUGA